CAGAGGCAGUGCAGCCAUCGGUUAUCUCAGCCCAUGUCUAUAUUUUUCUUGCUUUUUUUAAUAAGGCCCUCUUUUGUACAUACUUGAACUCCUCCAUUUGAGGGAGAAGAGGGCCAGCUCGAGCCUAGAAUAAUGCAGAUGGGUGAGAAUGCUGCCUCAAAGAACUACCACAACAACCACCACCUCCACAACCAUCACCAAGUCUUUGACGUCUCCGUUGACGUGCUCCCUCAAAAUGGUUCCAAGUGCUACGAUGAUGAUGGCCGCCUUAAAAGAACUGGUACUCUAUGGACCGCUAGCUCCCACAUAAUAACAGCAGUGAUAGGAUCAGGAGUGCUUUCCUUGGCAUGGGCUAUAGCUCAACUAGGAUGGAUUGCUGGUCCUGCUGUGAUGUUCUUGUUCUCAUUGGUUACAUACUAUACCUCAUCUCUACUCACUGACUGUUACCGGACUGGCGAUCCUUAUACAGGAGAAAGAAACUAUACAUACAUGGACGCUGUUCAAUCCAUUCUUGGAGGAGUAAAAGUCAAUUUGUGUGGCCUUGUUCAGUACAUCGGCCUAUUUGGUAUUGCCAUUGGUUACACCAUUGCAUCAUCCAUAAGCAUGAUGGCAAUUAAAAGGUCAAACUGUUUCCAUCAAAGCGGUGGACAGAACCCAUGUCACAUUUCGAGCAACCCAUACAUGAUCAUGUUUGGUAUAACAGAAAUUCUACUUUCUCAGAUUCCAGACUUUGAUCAGCUAUGGUGGCUCUCUAUCGUUGCCGCCGUCAUGUCUUUUACAUACUCUAGCAUUGGUCUUGGCCUGGGCAUUGGCAAAGUUGCAGUUAAUGGGACUUUUAAGGGUAGUCUAACUGGGAUAAGCAUUGGAACCGUAACCGAAACAGAGAAGAUAUGGAGGAGUUUCCAAGCACUUGGUGCCAUAGCCUUCGCAUAUUCAUACUCUGUCAUUCUUAUAGAAAUUCAAGACACAAUUAAAUCUCCACCAGCAGAAUCAAAGACAAUGAAGAAAGCUGCGAAGAUAAGCAUCGUGGUGACAACAACUUUCUAUAUGCUUUGUGGUUGCAUGGGAUAUGCAGCUUUUGGAGAGCAAGCUCCUGGAAAUCUCCUCACUGGCUUUGGUUUCUAUAACCCAUAUUGGCUUAUUGAUAUUGCCAACGUUGCCAUAGUAAUCCACCUGAUUGGAGCAUAUCAAGUGUUUUGCCAACCUCUCUUUGCUUUCAUCGAGAAAUGGGCAAACCAAAAAUGGCCUGAAAAUUACUUCAUCACCAAGGAAUUCAGAAUCCCAGUCCCAGGUUUUAGGCCAUACAAUCUGAAUCUGUUUAGAUUGGUUUGGAGAACAAUAUUUGUGUUGUUGACCACUGUUAUAUCAAUGUUGCUCCCAUUCUUUAAUGAUGUUGUGGGAAUUCUCGGUGCACUUGGUUUUUGGCCCUUGACAGUCUAUUUUCCAGUGGAGAUGUACAUUGUACAAAAGAAGAUACCAAAAUGGAGCACAAGAUGGAUUUGUCUCCAAAUGCUGAGCAUGGCUUGCCUAGUGAUUUCACUUGUGGCUGUUGCAGGCUCAAUUGCUGGUGUUGUGCUUGACCUUAAGGCUUACAAGCCGUUCAAGACAAGCUAUUAAACCGGUGGUUGUAUGAUUUGUUGAGUAACCAUGGCAAGCUAGCUGAAAGCGAAAGAUUGCAUCUUGAACUUAAUUGUUCUUGAAACAAAGGACUGAAAAUUCUCAAGUGGGUGGUGUUUAUGUGGUUCAUCAUUUGUAAUUUUAUGUUGAUUUCUCUUCAAUUAGUGUUGCUCCAAGUGUCUUAGGACAUUGUAAUUUGCAUAAGGAAUUCAACAUCAGUUUUCAUUA